UUUAGUUCUUCUGAGUUCUUUAUGCCUCAAUGUCUUUCAGGGAACUCAUCGUACGAACACAUGUAACGAAGGUCAUAUUCUUUAUUCAUCCCCUCCUCUUUUCUCCUUUCUCUAUCUUUAGUAAGUUUCUCGCCUCCCCGGAAUUAGAUUUACGUUUUGUUGAUUAACGACUGUGCGAAUAACUAUACUGUCAAAAAUAACGAAAGCUCUAGAUUGCUGAGUAUCAUUACUUUGAAAGUAUCUAGAAACAGUAAGAAUGAGAGAACUUCUUGGGGUUUUCCCCAGAAACAAAGGAGAAAACUGGAUAAGGCAUCACAACCAACAGACACAAAAUGUGGACAAAUCCGUGGAUGAAACUAUUGAAAGCAUAGUGGCAAAUGCCACGCACGUCAGAAAACUCCAGGAGCUAAACAAGAAAAAGGAACAAAAAAAGGCAAAGGUUGAAUUCAAUCACCACGCUACAUUCCCUUAUUCUAACUGUACCAAGACCAAACAGCAGGAUGCAAAGAAAUCCUUUCAGCUGCAAAACUUCAACCUAGCCCCAUCCUUCGUUAUUAGGAAACGGAAGCUCGAUGAUGGCGUUGGUCGUAUUAUUCCUGAUGUGCUUUUGCCUGGUAUGGAACGAUGUGGGCAAGACUCUUGGAAACAUUUGAAUCCUAUUGACAAAGCGUCAAACAUGUUUCCUCCUAAAAAAUGCGCCAAAAACAUUACCUCGAAGGUAAGCCCAAUUCCUGACUUCAUCGCCAAGGAUUUUCCACUGAAUUUUGCCGAUGAACUAACUCCCCUGAUGGUCGUCAAACCGAAAACAAUUGGAUCAGAACCAGUCAGCAUUGCAAAAACGUUCCAUUACCAGACCAAACCCAAUGACUGCGAGGCGUUCUUGCUGGAUGCCGACGUCGAAGAACCGGUAAAAAACUCUGUGUUUUGGCUCUAUCGUAGCUUCCCACACAUUUCGUAAACUGCUUACUAUGUCUCGCUUGACAUUUGAAAAGCAAAAUUUGCGUAUACAUCCAUUUUUCAUUCUAAUAAUUUCAGUUUCAUUUUGCCACGUAAUACAAAGUUGGGAAAAAAAGGUUUUGUUUGGACAUUUUGACAAAAAACUUCCUCUGCCUUCCCGUUUUCGUUUACAAGCCAAAGUCAACAAGAUAUCGAGAGUUCAAUGCUCUCAGAAGGUAUGCACAACGAUCCCAGACUCGACGCGUUCGUAAUAUCGUCCAGAAAUAUAACUUUCAAGUGAAUAGUAACAUACACAUACAACAACAACACAAAUAAUAAUUAAUCCAGUGAACACAUUUGUGUUUGAUUUCAGUAUGCCAAAUUUCAAUUUAAAACAUAAUGUUUUUCCUGUUUUUGUUUAUCAGCGUGAAAAAGCUUGCAGAAUUUCGUUUCAUUAUUAUUGAUUACAUCAACAU